UGUCGUCGUCGCUCAUACGCAACGUUGGCCGGGCGGAAAACACGGAUUUUCAUUAAAUUUCGUUGAGUUCGGUGCUACUUUUGCCGCGAGUGCUGCCGGAAAAUACUUGUGUGUGGUUUUUAAUAUUGUUGGAAAAAGUCAUCAAAGGAAAAUAGCUUAAAUGCCAAGCAUUUGUGAAUGAAAAGGUACACAGAAAAUGAUUAAAUAUGUGUUAAGUGACGAGUAUUAAAUACAUUUAUCAAGAGAACAUAUAUCUGAGGCACUUGGAAGUUUUCGUCGACUUAACUGUCUCGCCAAGGGCGUUUUGACUGGGCGGGCGGAAAAUGGGAAACUGAGAAGUGGAAGCGAUUGUGAAUCAAACUGGGCCUGGAGUAAGAUGUCAGCAGCGUUAGUACACAAGGCGACGGAAACUCAGCUCGAUCAGCCGCCGGAAGUGGGCGUGGCACAGUUGGCAACCAUAUCGCUGCUACUGCAAUACGACAUAGACAACACACUGAAUGCGCUCAAGGAGCACAAGAAGAUGACGCUGGACGCUCGAUUGGGCGGCGAGCUGCCCGCCGCAGUCAACAAUAACCAGGACAAGGAUGUCAACCGGAAUCUGUCGGGGCAGACCGAACUGGAGGAGGACCUGGGCCUGAAGGGCAGAGAGACCGCCUUUAUGCCUCCCACUCCGCCGGCCACGCCCAACCUGCAGAGCACUGCCCAGAAGCGCUGGAAGAUCCUGGCCAAGGUGCUGCGCAAGGACUCCGAGGAGACGGUGUCCUCCUCCAGCGACGAGUUCGCCGAGGAGCAAACUGCAUCCGUGCGGCGCUUCAAGAGCUUCGACCUGCUGCGUCAGGACAGCUUCGAGGACCACGUGAGUCUGAAGUGCCUGGGCAAGACGGAGAACUGGUACAAGUACCGCAUGCAGCUGGAGAACGAGUCGGAGUACUCGGUGAACAUCCACCACAUGGAGCGCCAGCUGACCGCCACUGAUCUGAUGGGCUUCAAUAACACGGGCAACAUAUGCGUUUGGCCCUCGGAGGAGGCCUUGACCGCGCUGGUUCUCUCGGAGGUGGCUUCAUAUCGAGGCAAGUGGAUCCUGGAACUGGGCGGCGGAUUCACCUCGCUGGCUGGCCUCAUGCUGGCCAAAUAUGCCACUCCGUAUGCCGUUCACCUGACCGACGGCAAUGAGAUAUCGGUGGAGAACGUGAGGAAAACCGUUUGCCUCAAUGAGCUGAGCUGCUACACCAAGUGCUCGGUUCUGAAGUGGCAGGAGAAGUGCGCCCGCUCCCAGGCAGAGCAGGCCAAGUUCGACUUCAUCCUCUGCGCCGACUGCCUGUUCUUCGACGAGGCCCGAUCCGCCCUAGUGGACACCAUCUGGUACUACCUGGCGCCCGAGGGAUCGGCCCUGAUCAUGGCUCCUCGUCGCGGGCGCACUCUGAGCGUUUUCCAGGACGAGUGUGUGGCCAGGGGCUUCCGCGUGGAGUUGGCCACCCGCUAUAACGAGACCAUCUGGCAGCGGCACCUCCAGCUGAAGGCCGACUCCGCCCUCUACGACGAGGACCUCCACUACCCUUUGCUCCUGCGGCUGUGCAAGAGCCACAGCUAGGAGAAAAGCGAAGGGGCUAGGACUUAAUGGGCAGCCACUUGGCUGCAGUAGGUGCAAUUAAACUUAGUCAAUGUUUUAGUUGAUAAAAAGCAAAUUCCAGUUUACACCUUAAACAAAGAAGAGGCCCACAGCGGGGUGGAAAUUAGCCCGCUGCUCUCAAAGGACAACAAGAAAUUCCUCCCACACUGAAUUAAAUGUAGCAAGUCAAACUCGUUAGACUGGUGCUAGAAGCCCACGGAAAAAGUAUGGAAAAUUAUGAAUAUAUACGGUUAAAUGAACACAAUUACCUUCACGUAGAACUCGGUGGACACUCAAAUGUUAUGAUAUUCAGUUGGUUUUCCAUUUUAAUUUGUGUUUGCGAAAGUAAAGUAAAUUAAUCAACGUAAAAUGAAUAAUUCUUAAUUACUGAAAUAUGUUUUCGCCCGCGAGGGGCUUGCGAGUCCCUUGUUCGUUUGAAAGUCCUCUUGGGACUUCUGCAACCAUAUCUAAAAUACUCAAAGUGAGUUUGAAUGCAAUGCUACAUAUUCACCGCUUUAAAGCACCAGUCUAGUGAUCACCUUUAGCUCGUAGUUCACUGUUAAGUUGUGUAACUGUAACAAAAAAUUCCUUUGAUAUGUUAAUUUGAUUUCCGCUUAUUCCACAAGUUUGUAACGUUUUUUUUACAAAUACUCCUCGUUAUGUAUAUGUAGUUACCUCUAUGUGCGUUACACGCCCUCCACCCACCACCCACACCCACAC